GAAAUGCAAUGCAAAUCCCAAUACAAACCCCCGAAACACUCAAUGCGUUCGCAAUGUCUGUGUGUUUAGUAUUGCAGUGAAUGUGAAUCCCAUAGAAACCAAUGCUUUUGUCUGUUAUUUUGCGAAUCCAUUCAAUGUUUUUGUUUUGAUUGUGAUUAACGUUUUGAGUGUCUAUUAAUCCAAUCGUUUUGUUAAUACAGGUAUUAAUUGACAAAUCAUUUUGUGUUUACAACUAUUGCAUUGAGUGUUGAUUUUUUGGUGUCAAAAGAUAAAUCAGUGAAAUAAGUGGUGAAAUCCGAGCCAAACAACCAGUGCUUCAUAAAAAUACAUUGAAACUCAGCCAUUGGAUGACUGUCUGAAGAGCUGAUCCACAUAUCAUCGACAUGUCAUACCCUCAAUACCCUCCACAGCAGGGAUUCCCUCAACAACAGGCCUACGGCCAGCCCUACUCUCAGGGCUACGGAACGCCGUAUGAGCAACAGUUUGCCGGACAAUAUCCGCCCGGUGCCCAACCGCCACCGCCGCCCGGUUUCGCGAUGCCCGCCGGCGAACAGCCGCCCAAAUACAGUGAACCGUACGUUAAUUACAACACUGGCGGCGCCGGCGGUUCCCAUAAUAUGAAUGUGCCCACCAAUGAGAGCGAUGUGAACACUUGGGCCGGUUUUACGGACAAGAAUAUACGGCGAAUGUUUGUCCAAAAGGUUUACUCGAUUCUCAGUAUUCAGCUGUUCAUCACGUUUGGCAUAACAGCGGUUGUUGUCCUCACGCCUGCCCUCAAGAAUUGGGUUCGGCAUAACAUUUGGCUCUAUUAUGUCUCAUAUGUUGUGUUUUUCUCGCUUUACAUAACGUUGAUGUGUUGCAAAGGGCCCCGACGUAACUACCCGACCAACUUUAUACUACUUGGUCUAUUUACAAUUGCGCUGAGUUUUAUGGUGGCAAUGAUUUGCUCAUUUCACGACUUGACCAGCGUUUUGAUCGCCGCCGGUAUUACCGCCGUCUGCUGUACCGCUGUCUCUGUCCUCUCCUUCUGGACUAAAUUUGACUUCACUCGGUUCGGGUGGGCGUUAAGUAUCGCAUGUCUGGGACUGUUUAUAAUGGGAAUCUGUAUGAUAUUCAUCAAAGCAAAGAUCCUAUACAUUCUCUACGCCGGCAUCGGAACCGUCAUCUUUAUGCUGUUCUUGGCGUACGACACACAGCUGAUCACCGGCGGCAAGAAGUACGAGAUCAGUCCCGAAGAGUACGUCAUGGCCUCAAUCAUGCUAUACGUCGAUAUCGUCUAUAUAUUCCUAAUGAUCCUACAACUGGUCAGCUCUGGAAGAGAUUAAUCCAUCAAAAAACACACGCUUUUGUACGCAAAUGCGUUAAUUCUAUGACAUUUUGUUUGUUUCUACCAUUUAUUCUGUCUAUACUUUUUUGCUGUACUUUUGAAAUUAUUAUUAUUAUUUUUAAUACUAAUUUAUGACAUUUUUUCUUACCGUAUAAUCGAUUGUACGUUAUAUUUAACUCACUUUAAUUGGAAUUUGAAUUUAGCUAAUUAAAUAUUCAAUUAAAAUUAUAAAUUAAUAACAAAA